UCAGCUCUUUGGCAGCAGCCUCCUCCCCCUCCACACUUAUCAUGGACCCAUCUCACAUUGUUCUGUCGCUACAUUGAGCAUCAGCGGUAGGAUUUAUACGCGACCUGACGAAAUUCCGCGAGUUCCCUUUUUGGCGUGGACAGCGCAGUGUGCUUCGCUCCAGAGGAGAGGAUAAAACUCCCGCUUUUCAGAGAAGCGCAAGACAAAGACAUGUAUCACUGGCUGCUCUACGUGUUUCUGGGUGUCUGUUCAGCUAUUGGACCCAGUAAACAGGACGAAGAGGACUAUGAAGAUGUACCCAUAAAUAAGACCUGGGUGUUAUCACCAAAGGUCUAUGAGAGCGAUGUAACGCUGAUCCUUAAUAAACUGCUGCAAGGUUAUGACAACAAACUACGGCCUGACAUUGGAGUGAGGCCCACAGUGAUUGAAACAGCUGUGUAUGUCAACAGCAUUGGACCAGUGGACCCUAUCAACAUGGAAUACACAAUUGACAUCUUCUUUGCCCAGACAUGGUAUGACAGCCGUCUGAAGUUCAAUAGCUCGAUGAAGCUGCUCAUGCUCAACAGUAACAUGGUAGGCAAAAUAUGGAUUCCUGACACAUUCUUCCGGAAUUCCCGAAAAUCAAAUGCCCACUGGAUCACUACUCCCAACCGCCUCCUUAGGUUGUGGAGCAAUGGGAGAGUCAUGUACACAUUAAGGUUGACUAUAAAUGCGGAGUGUUACCUUAAGCUGCAUAACUUUCCAAUGGAUGAGCACUCGUGUCCACUGGAGUUUUCAAGCUAUGGUUAUCCUAAAAACGAGAUCAUGUAUCGGUGGCAGAGACGAGCAGUAGAGGUGGCGGACCAGCGGUACUGGAGACUCUACCAGUUUGCCUUUGUGGGGUUGAGGAACACCUCUGAUGUCGCACACACGCAGUCAGGGGAAUAUGUCAUCAUGACAAUCUUUUUUGACCUGAGUCGGAGAAUGGGUUACUUCACCAUCCAGACCUACAUCCCCUGCAGCAUGAUUGUGGUUUUAUCCUGGGUCUCCUUCUGGAUUAACAAGGACGCCGUCCCAGCACGAACAUCUCUAGGCAUCACUACAGUGCUUACCAUGACGACUCUCAGUACCAUCUCCAGGAAGUCCCUGCCAAAGGUUUCCUACAUCACCGCCAUGGACCUUUUCGUCUCUGUCUGCUUCAUCUUCACCUUUGCUGCUCUUAUGGAGUAUGGCACUUUGCACUAUUUCACCAGUAACAGACAGACAAAGAAGGCUAAAGCCAGCAACACACAGCAGAAAGCAUCAAGCAUGGUGAAUAUCCGACCCGGCCCGUCGCUGUUGCAGAUGAAUAACAUUGUACCCUAUCAUGGGGAGGAUGAUUAUGCUUAUGAGUGUUUAGAUGGAAAAGACUGUGCCAGCUUCUUCUGCUGCUUUGACGACUGCCGUUCAGGUGCCUGGCGUGAAAACAGGAUGCACGUGCGAGUUUCCAAGAUCGAUUCUUAUUCACGAAUAUUCUUUCCUACUGCUUUUGGCCUUUUCAAUCUGGUUUAUUGGAUAGGUUAUUUAUAUUUAUAAAACUGGCACCUCAAAGGACAACCGGAGUGUAUCAUAUACAAAAUUUCCCAGAGACUGAGCUACUUGUAUAUAGUUAGAAAUAGGGGGUAGUCAUUUUAACGGCUUACUGUUACCAGCCGUCCGAUUCCAGCAAGAUGCAAAAGUUGAAAUGGGAAAAGAACCCUGAAUUUCAUUGAAACUAUAGUUGUGGACAUUUGGAAUUACAUCAAAUGUUUGCACAGGUUAAACUCAAGAGGACACGGAGGAGUUUUUGGCGUCACUUUUUAAUAUAGUUUGUUUAUUCCUUGCCGCUGUGCUAUUGACAUUGUAAAGUAGGAAGAAGAAGGUGCAUUGUAGCUGUAAUAUAUAAUGGCAAACUAUUAGAUUUUUUAACUCAUUUAGAAAAGCCAGUAGCUCUUAUUAUAUAACUAAAAUGAUUGUAAGCAGGUCAGCAGCCAAUAUUUGAAAUAUCAGCAGUGUGUUUGAGAAAUCUAUGGUCCUAUUGGUCGUUACAAAUGACCACAGAGCGUGUGGUUAAAUAGCUGAAAAACUGGAGCAUUAUGAUCGGUGAGGUCAACUGGACCAGCUUCUGUUCAGAAUCUAGAAGGAUAAAUUUGUAGUAUUGGCCAAACGUUGAGUUGUCGAGAAGUGGUCGUUUUUACAGAGGCCUGAUUUUAUAUUAUAACAUCAUAAAGAUGAUGCACUGCUGAAGGCACAAUUCUGAAUUUAAAGGAAGAUACAAACUAGACUUGCAUUUCCUUUUAUACAUUUUUGCUGCGUAUAAAACACAGUGUGACUUUUGCCGCAUGACAAACAGCAAUGUCACUGAAACGUUUUCAGUAAUAUUGUCUUAGAGUUACAACAUUUUCAACAAAGUUUUAAUGGCAGCUUUCAACAAUUUAAAAAAAUACAAUACACUAGAUUUUUACUUACAGCUUGCUUUGUUUCAUAUUUUUCCUCAGAAAUGACUGAGGCUCAUAAAUCUUGUAGCUAUCUAUUUUGCAGUGAGGUAGAAAGCACUAUUCACCAUAUAUCACUGUUUAAGUCACGCCAGUGGAAAUUUGGACUCCUGUUCUCAAAAUUAUGAUCUUAAUAUUUUGGACUGUUGUUCUGCAAUACUCAAAUCAAAAUUAGGGCUAUGGCUAAAAUCAUUCACUACUUGCUGGAUAUUGGACUGUACAGUAAAUUUCUCAUUUUGUAGUGCUGUCUGGGGUACGGAGAGAAGUUACCCUUGAAAGUUGUGAUAUGAUCCACGAGCGUGAACUAAGAUUUACAAAUCAGCGAUUUCUGUGGAACUCCACAUACAGACACAAAGCAAUGUGACCACACAGCUGGAGCUGAACGUAAUAAACUGUGGAAAAAUAAUCAGUACUUAUUCAGAUUUGGAUGAACACAUUUGUAAAAUAGUUUUACGUGCGUCAUAUUUGUGUCUGGAUUGGUGUACCCAUUAGUGAGUCCACAAAAGUUACACACAAAUCACUGCACACAUUUGUAAGUCUUAGUUUAUGCUUGUGGAUCAUAUUGUACGCAUUCGUAACCAUUUUAAGGCAGAUUUCUCUUCAUGAUGCCAUCAAAAUAUCCCACAAUGCCUCGUGAAAAUAGUGUAUACCUGAUGGCCAGUACCUGAGCAUUUCCUACCAUCGUGCUCAGCACCAACAGAAAAAUGUCAGAUGGAGAAGAGGAAAGAGAAGGCGGUGCCUUUAAUUGAAGAUUCACUGUUAAAGAACUAUUUUUGGAUUCAGUGUUGCUACUUAAAAUAGCCACAUCAAAAAAACAGGGACUCACAUCCACAGAAAUAACAGACUUGAAAUCGCUCUGCAGUUUGUUCAUUAAAAUGUAUUUUGGAUAGCUACGGUGAAGAGUGACAGCAAAGGGAAGUCAGAUCCAAACCCAGACCAGCCGCUCUAAGCCAUGCGGAGUAUGGUCACCUUACCGCAGCGCUGCAGUUUUAAUUUGCGACAAAUAAUGUAAAUCAUGAAGCUCAAACUUUGUCUUUAAAAGGGCUCAGUACUACGCAAUUGUGAUGAUGUUAGCCAGUGUUAAGAUAAGUUCUAGUAUUGGAUUUUAUAUAAACAAUGACUGUGUAUACUAAUACAUUUAGGAUUGGGUAAUUUCCUACUCUUUAACAAAUGUGCAAACACAAAGUGCUGAAAUGAAUGUACAGCAUUAUGAAAAAAUACUGAGAAUUACAUGUAACUGUUGAAGGAUACAGCUUUCAUUCCUAAAAAUACUCAUUCUUAAUAAAUGUACUAGUUAUGGUUUAAGGAGCUGCAAAGACUACGAUGACCUGGAUGACUGAGAACCUUCACAGAUAUACUGUGUCUGCGUAGAACUGGUAAAGCAUUGUUUUAAAAAGGGAUUAAAACAAAGGUCAGCAUUCAUUCAAUUCAAUUCAAUUUUAUUUAUGAAGCGCCAAGUCACAACAACAGUCGCUUUAUAUUACUAGGCAGACCAUUCUUAUUCUUUAAAACAUCAGACUUGGAGAUAAUAUAUUCAUACUAUCUCCAAGUCAAACUUCCCCAUAAGAAGACUACAGAUAAUAGUUUAGUACAUUUUCAGAUACACCAAAGAAACAUUAAAUGACAUUUAGUAGGAUACUGUGUAUAGAUUGUAUAAAAAUCACACUUUAGUUUCUUUGCAUAAAUUCUGUGCAUGUCUUGUUUUGCUGUGGGGGG